AUGGCAUCAGGGGUUGAAGCAGCAGCGGAGGUGAUGGUGACGGAGCCCAAAAUGGAAGAAGAAAGCAGCGCGGCCUGCAUGCUAAGUGACCAUGGGGCUCUGGGUCCAAAGGUUGAAGGAGAACAAUUGACUCAGAAUGAGAAGAGGGAGGAGAAAAACAUACAAGGAGGAGGCAGCCCCUCUGAGCCCUGUGCCAACCCAAGAAAAAGAUACAGUGCUUUCGUUACCAACAUGCCUUUGGAUGUGAGAUGGCAGUCACUUAAAGACUUGGUUAAAAAAAAAGUUGGUGAGGUCACAUACGUGGAACUCUUAAUGGACGCUGAAGGCAAGUCAAGCGGAUGUGCGAUUGUUGAAUUCAAGAUGGAAGAGAGCAUGAAAAAAGCUGUCGAAGUGCUAAAUAAGCAUCGCCUGAGUGGAACACCACUGGAAGUCAAGGAAGAUCCUGACGGUGAACAUGCCAACAGAGCAAUGCAAAAGACUGGAAGUCUUGCAAGCACAGUGUUGGUAGCAAAUCUGGAUCAUAGAAUUCGCUGGAAGAAACUGAAGAAGGUGUUUAGUAAGGUUGGUGUGGUGCUCCGAGCAGACAUUCUGAAGGAUAAAGACGGGAAAAGUCUUGGGAAAGGCAUUGUGACUUUCAAGCAGCCCCUGGAAGCUCGGCAAGCGGUAGCUAAGCUUAAUGGCCGGCUGCUAUUUGAUAGACCAAUGCACGUCAAAAUGGAGAGGGCUUUACCAAACAAAGACUUCUUCCUUCCUGAACAUCCCCAGCAACUUCCCUAUGGACUUGGUGGUAUUAGCAUGGAUUUGGGGCCAGGAGGGCAGCCUAUUGAUGCCAAUCACCUAAGCAAAGGCAUUGGCAUGGGAAACAUAGGUCCUGCAGGAAUGGGAAUGGAAGGCAUAGGAUUUGGAAUAAAUAAAAUGGGAGGCAUGGAGGAUCCCUUUGGUGGUGAUAUGGAAAACAUGGGACGAUUUGGAUCUGGGAUGAACAUGGGCCGGAUAAAUGAAAUCCUAACUAAUACACUGAAGAGAGGAGAGAUUAUUGCAAAGCAGGGAGGGGGUAGAGGAGGUGGCAACAUCCCUAGGAUUGAGAGGAUGGGCCCUGGCAUUGACUACAUUAUGGGGACUGGCAUGGAGUGCAUGGGUGCUGGCCUGGGUCACGGCAUGGAUCGAAUUGGCUCUGAGAUGAGGCGCAUGGGCCUAGUCAUGAACAGCGUGGGCUCGGUCGAGCGCAUGGGCUCUGGCAUUGAGCACAUGGGCCCCCUGAGUCUCGACCACACAGCCUCCAGGUUUGAGCAUAUGGGCCAGACCAUGGAGCACAUGGGUGCUGGCAUGGGCUUUGGCCUGGAGCACAUGGCUGCACCCAUUGACCAUGCGGGCCAGAUCAUUGAGCCCAUGGGCUCCGGUGUGGAGUGCAUGGGUCCUGCCAUCGACUACAUGGGCCUGAGCAUGGAGCGCAGGGUGCCCGUGGGCAUGGGGGCUGGCCUGGAGCACAUGGGCCCCGUGAUGGAUCCCAUGGCCACUGGCCUGGAGCGCAUGGGUGCCAAGAACCUGGAGUGCAUGGGCCUUGAGCGCAUGGGCGCCAACAGUCUCCAGCGGAUGGGCCCUGCCAUGGGAUCAGAUUUAGGUGCUGGCAUUGAGCACACGGGCCUGCCCAUGGGUGGUGGUGGCAAUGCCAUUGGGAUGGAGUGUGGACACUUUGGAGGAAGCUUUGCAGGAUCCUUUGGUGGAGCCAGAGGCUAUGUUCCCAGGGUGGCCAGAGAGGCCUGCCAGGUAUUUGUAAGAAAUCUCCCAUUUGAUUUUACUUGGAAGUUGCUAAAGGACAAAUUCAGUGAAUGUGGCCACGUGCUAUAUGCCAGCAUCAAGAUGAAAAAUGGGAAGUCUACAGGGUGCGGCGUGGUUAAGUUUGAGUCACCAGAGGUAGCUGAAAGAGCCUGCCGGAGGAUGAACGGCAUGAACUUGAGGGGCCAGAAGAUAGAUGUUCGAAUGGAUAGAAAUGCUUAA